ACUCGACCUGACCCUCCGUGCUGUGGAUUCCUGCUCCUCGACCACAAUCCUGCUAUCUACAUCGUCUGGGCUCCGAAAGGGCUACCUGCCUCUCCUCCGGCGACGUCGAGGCCAAACCAGGUUUCACGAUGGUGCCCACCGAGACCCCGCCGCAGCCAUGCGUGACGCCCUCACCUCUCCUGCCAACCCUUCGAGGCGAGAGUGAUUUGGAUGAGUGGGAGGAUCUCUUGAUCAAAUUCCUCCGAGCGAAGAAGCUGGAGCAUGUCAUCAAGGACCCACGAAGAUACCCAGGCCCUCCGGCCCCGGAAAAGUCACCCACCGGCAAAGAGCGCCGGAACACGGGAGCAACGGAGGCCGUGCUAGCUAGCAAGCAAAUCGAGAAGAAACCCGAGAGGAAUGGCGCCAGACCCGGCAGUAGCAGGAGCGCCAAGAAGACGGAGGCGAUUCCCAAGAUAUCGCUCGAGUUUCUGGAUGAUAUCCUCGGAGGCUCGAGUGGGGGAGAGGCUGGCCCAUCGACUACAGCAGACACACAGGACAAGGGCAAGAACGGGGACGACGAGGCGCCGGCGGAGGUGGACGGGGACACCAGUGUCGACGCGGCCCGCGAUGGCGGGCUGGAGCGAGCCCAAGUUCUCGUCCUCCUUGGUGCCUCCAUCUCUCCCGUCCGACACUGGCUUCUCAACCAGGGAUGGGAUGCCGGCGAAACGGACCCGGCGCGCUACUUCUGGUCAAUAAAGGACGCCUUCUCCCGCAACGCCUCGGUGAACGGCGACCUGGAGAUCAACGAGCUGAAAUUCAUCAGCAGCACGAGCUUCGACACCAUCCGCGCGUUCCAGGACCGCCUCCAGUAUCUGCGAGGACGCAUGCUCCUGAUCGGCCAUCUCUCUGGGGCCGAGGGCGACACCAAGAUGCUCUGGUAUGCCAUCGACGGGUUGAAGAAAACCUACCCCGAGAUCCACGCUCGGCUCGUCAAGGACUUGUUGGCUAAGGAGGGCAGCCCCAGGAAGCUGACCUGGAGCCGGCUCAUGAUGCAGCUGGCGCACAUGCACGAGAGAAAGGAGAAGAAGCGCGAGCCGUACUAUGCUCUGAUGCGCAGUUCUGGCUAGGAAGGAACAUUGGUAAUGGAAGCUACGCGGUGUUUGUCGUGGGAAGAAGAACGGACGUGAAGAAAGAUUGGAUGUUUCCGCUAGCUUUCUGAUAAUGGGCACUCGGACAGACAACACCCUGUUUUACGGAUGGAGGCAGUGUCCAAAGGAAGCCUCGAAUAUAGGCACGCAUUGCAGUC